CAGGAAGAUGGCGGCGGUCUCAAUGUCAGUGUCGCUGAGACAGGCGUUGUUGAGGCAAAGGGCAGUAGCUACAGCUGCGGUUUCCGUCUGCAGAGUUCCAUCCAGGUUGUUGAACACAUCGACAUGGAAGCUGGCAGACGGCCAAACUCGGGACACCCAGCUUAUAACAGUUGAUGAGAAACUGGAUGUUACUCCUCUAACUGGUGUUCCAGAAGAGCACAUCAAAACCAGAAAGGUCAGAAUCUUUGUUCCUGCUCGCAAUAACAUGCAGUCUGGAGUAAACAACACGAAGAAAUGGAAGAUGGAGUUUGAUACCAGAGAGAGAUGGGAAAAUCCUUUGAUGGGUUGGGCAUCAACGGCCGAUCCCCUCUCCAACAUGGUUCUCACCUUCAGUGCCAAAGAAGAUGCGGUUGCCUUUGCAGAAAAGCAUGGAUGGAGCUAUGACGUGGAAGGGAGGAAGGUUCCGAAACCCAAGUCCAAGUCUUACGGUGCAAACUUUUCUUGGAACAAAAGAACAAGAGUGUCUACAAAAUAGGUUGGAGCUGGCUACAUUUCUGCUUGACUGUGACUGAAGUGUCAGCUGUGCACUAUUUAUAGUCCAUGGAUAAUGCACCCCUUAAUCUCCUAAUAAAUGUGACCUUUAAACUACAGGUACACUUGGCAGUUUCCAUUUUAAGUGUUUUUGAUGUCUUACACUGAACACAUUACAGUUUCCUGCACAGACAGAUUUGAGAUGUUCACCCCUCUAAGAAAUCAUGGCACUUAGAAUCUACGAUGAAUGCCUGGGAUCUGCUGCAGCCUAGGUGUUCUCUGGUUGUUUUUUAUAGCCACACACAAGUCAAUAUCAUGCACAAACUCCAAGCCAUUAUUACUAAACUACUCUGAGAAAUUCUUUUGUCACAGGUAGAGAAGUACAUGAUUAUACUACAACCCAGUAAUCCUCAACUUAAUUCCCUUAUAGGCAGUGUUCUCCUUUUUGACUGGAGAUUUGUAUUUUCUCAGUGCUUAUGAGCAUAAAAGGAUUUGUCUGUAGAAGUUAAGUCCAUUCUUCCCAGUCCCAUGCUCCCAGAAAUAAGACUCAGACUCAAAAUGCAUUACAGAUACCUUGGCCAUAUUGCUAGGCUUUUUUUCCCCUUACUAGGUCCUAACUUAAACCGUCCCAUUUAUUCUAAUCUACAUUCUUCCAUGUGGUGAUUACCUGUGCCCAGGUACCAUAUGUCCGUUUCCUCGCUUCUUCUCGGGAGGAUCUUUCAUGCCUGGCUCUAUCCCAGAAUUCUUUCUGCCUCCCAGAUGUCCCACCUUUUAUUCUACCCUUCCCUAUAGGCCAUAGGCUCUUUAAUUGACAGGCGAUACAUCCAUAUAAUACACAAGGUAUUCUCUCUACAUUUGUCUAUACGUUUCUGUCUUAUGACAUCUGGUGAUUGUGAGAACUUCAAUGGAGAUCUUUUAUUCUUAGGAAAUAAAGAUUCAAUAUGAAAUAAAACCAA